AUGGUUAGGCCCUCUGCGAAGCACACAUCGGCUCGCUUGAUGUUGAUAUGCGUUGGCCUAUUGGGGCUUGCUCUGAUUGCUGAUUUCCUCUGGGCUUCCUCGCCUCGUUUUGCUAAUUCCUAUAUCUCCAUUGCCUCCAAUUGGGCUCCUCCCCUUGAUAUUUCAAAACCCAGUCUGAUCCUCACACCCAAGAAGACUGACGAUGAGGUACCCGAAAAGGGAAAUCAUAAAAAUGAUACUGCUCAUGGGAGAGUUUUAUCAGCAACUUUUGCUGAUUUGCCUGGACCAGAAUUAAAAUGGGAAAAUAUGGCUGCCGCACCUGUAGCUCGCUUGGAUGGGGCAGCUAUACAGAUAAAGAAUCUUCUUUUCGUGUUUGCUGGAUACGGUACCAUUGAUUAUGUACAUUCACAUGUUGAUAUCUACAAUUUCAGUGAUAAUACAUGGGGAGGAAGAUUUGAUAUGCCAAAAGAAAUGGCACAUUCACAUCUAGGAAUGGUAACUGAUGGAAGGUACAUAUACAUUGUCACAGGACAGUAUGGGCCACAGUGCAGAGGGCCCACUGCCCACACAUUCGUGCUUGAUACUGAGACAAAGCAGUGGCGGGACAUGCCUCCUUUACCAGUUCCUAGGUACGCACCAGCAACUCAACUUUGGAGAGGUAGACUUCAUGUAAUGGGUGGUAGCAAGGAGAAUCGAUAUACACCUGGAGUAGAUCAUUGGAGUCUUGCUGUUAAAGAUGGAAAAGUAUUAGAAAAGGAAUGGAGGACUGAAAUGCCUAUUCCCAGGGGUGGACCUCAUAGGGCUUGUAUAGUUGUUGAUGAUCGUCUUUAUCUUAUUGGUGGUCAAGAGGGUGAUUUCAUGGCCAAACCUGGAUCACCUAUUUUCAAGUGCUCUCGCAGGAAUGAGGUUGUAUAUGGUGAUGUUUACAUGCUAGAUGAGGAAAUGAAGUGGAAAGUGUUACCUCCCAUGCCUAAACCAGAUUCCCAUAUCGAAUUUGCUUGGGUUGUUGUUAACAAUUCUAUUGUUAUUGUUGGAGGCACAACAGACAAGCACCCUGUGACUAAGAAGAUGACUUUGGUUGGAGAAAUAUUCCAGUUUAACUUGAAUACACUGAACUGGUCAGUUCUUGGGAAACUACCAUUUCGAGUUAAAACCACACUAGUUGGCUUCUGGAAUGGGUGGUUGUAUUUUACAUCAGGGCAGCGAGACAAAGGACCAGAGAAUCCAGCACCAAAGAAAGUCAUCGGAGAGUUGUGGAGAACGAAGUUAAAAUUGAGCUCGUGA